AUGGACAUGGCUAGCACAUCCACUGCAUCUGCGGCUAUGGGCACGGCUUCGUCGGGCAUGUCUGGCAUGUCGGGAAUGGGAGGCAUGGAUAUGGGCAGGGGGGACUCAAGCUGCCAGAUCUCGGUCAGCUUCCUGUCGACAUCAUGGCACAUCCGCUCGCGCGGUAUGUUUGCCGGCUCCUGCAUUGGUGUCAUCGCUCUCGUGCUGUGUCUGGAAUUCCUGCGCCGCGUAGGCCGCGAGUACGACGCCUUCAUUGUCCAGCGCGCACGGCUGCGAGCGCUGUAUCUGUCGGCGCCCUCGGCCGAUCCUCUCAUCCAACAGGGUGGGCAGGAAAGAAGCUCCAAAGUGAUUCCUGCCAGCUGCUGCGAGAGCCAUGGUCAUACUCGUACCCACCACGACCAUGCUGAUCCUGAUCCCUCUUCCUCAUCCGAUAAUAUCAAGGAUGACAUUAUCUCCCCAGCACCAAGUCAGCGCUGUGCUCCUCCCAUCCAAACUCCAGCGCCGUGUACGCAUUGCAACUCUCCGUCCAGGGCACCCAUCAAUACCAUUCCAGCCUCGCUCUCCUUCCCCAUCCCCAGGGCCACCACCAAUGGGUUGCCAAACCCCUACGCAGUCGGCCCCUUCCGUCCCUCGCUCGUCGAGCAAUUAGUGCGCGCCCUGCUACACAUGCUGCAGUUCGCAGUAGCGUACUUCGUCAUGCUGCUGGCAAUGUACUUUAACGGGUACAUCAUCAUCUGCAUCUUCAUUGGGGCGUUUCUCGGCUCAUUCAUCUUUUCGUGGGAGCCCGUGUCGUUGUCUAAAGAGUAG